UUGUCACCCCCGCGCAUCUGAAAAAAAAAGAAAAAAAAAACUCGCACACUGGACUUGAUAAAAAGCCACCGAGUAGUAGUUUCACCCUCCGUUUCUGAAUGACGGGCGGGCGCUUCGACUUUGACGAUGGUGGCACCUACUGCGGAGGCUGGGAGGACGGCAAAGCCCACGGCCAGGGUGUGUGCACCGGACCCAAGGGCCAGGGCGAGUACUCGGGAUCGUGGUCCAACGGUUUCGAGGUGGUGGGCGUCUACACCUGGCCCAGCGGGAACGUGUUCCAGGGCUACUGGGCGCAGGGGAAACGCCACGGACUCGGCGUAGAAACCAAGGGGAGGUGGAUUUACAGGGGAGAGUGGACUCACGGGUUCAAGGGUCGGUACGGAGUCCGGCAGAGCCUGAACACACCAGCCAGGUACGAGGGCACCUGGAGUAACGGACUGCAGGACGGAUAUGGUGUGGAGACGUACGGUGAUGGAGGUACAUAUCAGGGUCAGUGGACUGGUGGGAUGCGCCAUGGCUAUGGCGUGCGGCAAAGUGUUCCAUACGGUAUGGCUUCUGUCAUCCGCUCACCUCUGAGAACCUCACUGUCUUCCCUCCGCAGUGAGCAGAGUAAUGGCACAGUACUGCGUGACAGCCUGUCUGACAGCCCUGCCGGUACACGCGGUGGCUUCGUACUCAACUUCCACUCAGACGGAGAAAGCUCAGAGAAGAAGAAGGGUCUUUUUCGCCGUGGCUCCCUCUUCGGAAGCCUUCAGCGACUGCGCAAAUCAGACUCACGCUCGUCAAUUUCCAGUAAGCGAAGUUCAGCACAUAGUGACACCAACAUGAGCCGCAUUAGCUCAAGUGACGCCAACUCCACCAUCAGCUUUGGAGACGGAGACCCAGGCGAUGACUACCUGCCUCUGGAAGACAAUGUGGAUGCCACCACAACCGAAUCCUACAUGGGCGAGUGGAAGAACGACAAGCGCAGCGGCUUCGGAGUCUCCGAGCGCUCUAACGGCAUGAAGUAUGAAGGUGAGUGGUUGAACAAUAAGCGCCAUGGCUAUGGCUGCACCAUCUUUCCUGAUGGCACCAAGGAAGAAGGGAAGUACAAGAACAACACGCUGGCCCGGGGCAUCAGGAAGCAGUUGAUCCCAUUGAAGAACAACAAGACCAAACAGAAGGUGGAUCGAGCCAUUGAGGGAGCAGAGAGAGCAGCAGCUAUCGCCAGAACCAAAGUAGAGAUUGCCAACUCCAGGACGUCCCAUGCCCGGGCCAAAGCAGAAGCUGCAGACCAGGCAGCACAGUCAGCCUGUCAGGAUUCCGAUAUUGCCAGAGCUGUGGCCAGAGAGCUCUCUCCAAACUUCCAUCAGCCAGGACCUGACUACAUACGGCAGAAGUAUAAUGAGCCAAUAGAGGUGAUCGAGGUUCCUGUGGAGGAGAAGAAGUCUCCAUCUGGGAGCCCUCAUUUCUACCGGAAAGGGACAACACCGAACCAGUCUCCAUCUGAGAGCCCAACUGCCAGCCCCACUCCUUCACCCACAGUUGUUAAAAAUACCCUUUUUAGUAGUAAAACUCCUGCUGCCAUUGCUUCAGCUAAGCCUGCUGGGAAGGAGGACAAAACCCCAACAGCUGAGUCACUGACAGCAGGCAUAACAAAGGCAGCAUCAAAACUUUCACUCAAACAGGAAGUGAGGCAACAGGAGGCUCCACCAGUAGCCAAACCGGCUGCUACCACAACAAUCAGCAGCUACCCCAGCAAUGGGCAGAUUCACUCCCAGUACCACGGUUACUAUGUCAAGGCAGAUGUCAAGGUUCCCCCACCAGAGGAUCCAAUUGGUGUGGAGGACGACUUUCACCCAUCAAGUCUUGCACGCUUGCCGCCACCUGCCAAACAGAUUUGGGCGCCAGCACUAAAACCCCUGCCAGCCCCUAGCCCUUCACCAGUGCCACCAAAAGAGAGCACCAAAACACCAGAUCCUCCCAAACCAAAAAGACAGGAAUCAGCCAAACCAAAGAGCCUAGCGGAAACCAAGAAAGCUAGUAUGGAAAUAGCUCCUGAAAUAAUUGAGGAUGAGUCGGGUCCCAACUCUAUCUUGGUGGCUCUGGUCAUGCUGUUGAACGUAGGUCUAGCAAUCAUUUUUGUCCAUUUCCUCACCUGACCAAAUGUGAACUCAGUGGACUCCAAAAUAGUCGCCGAAGUCGCUAACUCUCUAUCGGCCAAAGGGGCUUUUUGAAAAAAAAAACAGGCAGCCCUCACAGAGGCAGACAUGGGCAAAACGCAGGACUGAAAAUAGACGAGUGAAGGUGGAGAAGAAGUUGGGGCUGACACACAGAGAGAGAGAGAGAGAGGGGGAAAAGCAGAACGAGAAAGAUGAAACCUCCACUACUGCCACUCCUGCACCCCACCCCCCUACCCCCCACCCCUGGAUGGACUGAAUGACUGUCUUUAGUGCCCGAGUCCAACUUGAUUGGACUGGUAAUGAUUUGUGACUCCACUUAGAGUGCAGUGAAAGCUGAAGCAAGCAGUCGCUGGUUGAAAAUUGGCCCCUGAGCCCUAACUAUGGAUUCUCUAUCAAGCUUAGAAAUAACAGGGGGCCUGAAGAGUGGAGUGAAUGUGAGUGAAUGUAAGGGCCUGGCGUCUAUGCUGCCUAUUAAUGCGGUCACAGUGUGUGUGCACCUCACUUCAUCCAACUGUUCAGCAUAUUUUGAAGCUUUCAAACGCUGCAAUAAAAAAGUUUGUGUGUUGUUCAGCUGAGUUGAAGAGAAUUUGUUUCCUAAAUGAUCCAGCAGAAGAAGAGAGAGAGCACCUUUACACUGUUCACUAGGGUCGUCAUGGUAAUAAUGGCAAGGCUUUGAUUCAACUCAACUCCCAUCAGACAGGCUGCUUACACUUUGGAUGGACAAUAUUUCAAGCACAUUGCAGGUUGUGGCAGCCAGAACCAUUUUGAACUGUAGUGCACUUUAACUGAACUGUUCACCAAGUCCUUUAUUAUUUUUUCAUCAACUUGUUUCUGCUGCCAUCUGCUGCAUAAUGUAUUCAUUAACAAAAUAUGUCACUUUGUAUAUCAAGAAGGUUUUUCAGCGGCCUUUUGUUCAGUUUUACUUCAUCUCGACUUGUCUCUUACAUAACAAUCCAAGCUUGUGCAUAUCUCACUGUAUUUUACACAGUUCUGCUUCUUGUGUGUGUGUGUGUUUGUG